AUGGUUAUGGAGCGGCUGGCGGACUUCGUCAGCAAGUCUUUGGAAGGCGGUGAAGCGCCAGCUCCUCCACAGGAGGUGGAUUCUGAAGACCCCGAUGAGGAGGUGGAUAUCACAGCGUUGGAGGACAAGUCGCCGCCGGCUAAAAGACAUCGCAAUUGGCUAGUCUCACCUCUGCCUGUUCAGCACUAUAAACGAGAAGACGACGAUGAUGAUCAUAAACAUGAUAUUACGGAAAAAUCAAACUGUGUUGGCGGUGGCGGUGGUAAGCAGCGACGUUCCCGCACUAACUUCACACUGGAACAGCUGGGAGAGCUGGAGAGACUGUUCGAUGAGACGCAUUAUCCUGAUGCUUUUAUGAGAGAAGAACUUAGUCAGAGGCUUGGGCUUAGCGAAGCUCGAGUUCAGGUGUGGUUUCAAAACCGACGAGCGAAAUGCCGCAAGCAUGAAAGCCAAAUGCAUAAAGGAUUGCUAGUAAGUGGUGGUGGCACCCCGCUAGAACCUUGUCGCGUGGCCCCAUACGUGUCAGUACCACGGCUGGGCACGGCAGCGAGCGGGCAGCGACCGCCGCCACCCAUGCCGCCGCUCGCACCGCACCCGACACCCACGGCAUUCGCGCCGUUCGACUCGGCGCUGCUGUCUGCUGCAGCUCAUCAGUACGCGAGUGCAGCGGCAGCAGCGGCUGCAGCACUAUGCCCUCCUUACGCGGGACUCGCAGCUUUAGCCGCACGAUGUAGGUCCUCUUCCAUCGCCGACCUCAGGCUGAAGGCCAGAAGACACGCCGCAGCACUUGCUGCAGCACGCGGACCUUCCCCUACACCGACUACACCUACCAACGUACCCGCUGACACAUAGCCCACAUCCUAAGGAAUUUGGAUCAGUUCAAUGGUACAAUCGUGUCUCAAUUCUUCUGUAUAGAGCUGAGGAAGAUUGCAAAAGAUAAAGAAAUAUUCUAGAAGAUGACAGUAACUCUCGUAAAUUCAUUUUGUGUAUCACUUCUUGACUUGUAACUUCUUUUUGAGAAAGAGUAAAGUUUUAAUUCUUUGUAGAUACCAUGGACGAUUGACCAAAUAAAUUAAAAUACUUACUUGUAAAUGAAUAAAAACUGUGAUAAGUGUUCGAAUGCUGAGUUGGGAAAUAGAUCUCGUUUGUCUAAUAUCUCUUAGUAUUAAUAUUGAUAAUUUUAUUAUAGCUUAUUACUAUGUACUAGCAGUGCAAUUAUUAUUUAAAUGGUAGAUAUAUCUUGUAAAUAUAAUUAUAUUAUUAUCGAUAUUUCA